AUGUAUGGCAGAAGGCUCAACAAAUUAAAGAAACAAACUUUCCAGUUCAACAUAAGGAGAAAAAAAAAGGAGAAAUUUAUUGCUAAAAGAAUGAGAGAAUACAAUCCGAAGCUGACCAUCACGAACCACACGGAGUUGCUCAAAGACACUCUCCUGUAUCGCUUUUGCAUAGUCCAAAACAAUUUGCCCAGAGGAGUUCUGAGUCUGGGCAAAACCUCAACAGUUGCCUCUACAAGGACAAAAAAUUAUGGUCAAGGUGGGAAAGUGAGGCAAGGAUGGUGGAUGUCCCAUACCAGGCCGCAUCCCCUGAAACUGCUGUUGCGGCUGAUUACUGCCAUUGUUAUGUUGAAAAUUUUGCGAGUCGAGCUGUUUUUGAAUAACGGAUAUGUUUGGGAACUGGUGCUGUUGACCCUGAACCUGACUGGAGGGGUUCUCAUUGGCUGUGACGGGCGAAGAGAGAUAGGAAGAGGUCGGAGUAGCGAAACCCAUCCCAUUCCCCAUGCUAGAGUCGGGCCCACUGUCGACGAGCCCAUGAUGAGAGCUACCCGGGCCCCCGUUACCAAACGACUGUUAUUGAACUGGUUGCGUGGGGAAACUAACGAAGGGAAUGCGUUUUGUGAAGGGAUUCCGGGCCCUUGUCCGCCCAAAAGCCCGGAAUUCGAUCUCAAAAGGGAUGGUGGGAUGGGCUGGCCUCCGCCAAGAGGGUUCGGGGGGCCUUGCGGCACCAUUUUUGUUUGUCUGAAAAAUAAGAGGCUCUAG